AGACGGGAAGAAGACUGUUGUAGUCUGGAGUUUUAUUCCAGAUGCUGAUUUGUUUCCCAAUGUCCAUUGCGGAGACUCGCCAUAUUAAAUGGCACAAAUAGUGCAGACCAAUGGAACCCAGCCUCUUAGCAAGACAUGGGAACUCAGCUUAUAUGAGUUACAGAGAACACCUCAGGAGGCAAUCACAGAUGGCAUGGAGAUUGCAGUGUCACCCAGAAGUCUGCACAGUGAGCUGAUGUGUCCUAUCUGUCUAGACAUGCUGAAGAACACUAUGACAACUAAAGAGUGCCUCCAUCGCUUCUGUGCUGAUUGCAUUGUUACUGCCCUCAGGAGUGGAAAUAAAGAGUGUCCAACAUGUAGAAAGAAACUGGUCUCCAAGAGAUCACUGCGGCCAGAUCCAAACUUUGACGCGCUCAUCAGCAAAAUAUAUCCCAGUCGAGAUGAGUAUGAGGCACACCAAGAGCGGGUGCUGGCUAGGAUCAGUAAGCACCAUAACCAACAAGCCCUGAGCCACAGCAUUGAAGAAGGACUCAAAAUGCAGGCACUUAAUAGAGCACAGAGGGUGAGAAAACACCAGGCUGAGAAUGGAAGUGGAGCAGAAGACAAUGGGGACAGUUCACAUUGCAGUAACGCUUCCACGCAUAGCAAUCAGGAGGCAGGACCAAGUCAAAAACGUGCAAAGACAUCAGAUGAGUCUGGUCCUGAUCUUGACACCAUGAAUGAGAAUGGGACAGGGGAUCCUGAUCCAGUGACUGAUGGAACCAAUGAAAUUGAACUGGUCUUCAGGCCUCAUCCUACACUAAUGGAGAAAGAUGAAACAGCACAGACCAGGCAGGUCACGGUUGGUGUCCAGAGGAUUGUGGGGCGCACACCGGUGUCGAGAAAGCGGUAUAUAAAAACAACAGGAAAUGCCACUGUUGACCAUCUGUCUAAGUACUUGGCUAUGAGAUUAGCCCUGGAAGAGCUCAGGAAGAAUGAAGAAGCAAAUCCAAUGAAUGUGGAAACAGUCAGUGAGAAACAGUACACCAUUUAUAUUGCAACAGUGAAUGGCCAAUUUACUUUGCUGAAUGGCUCCUUUUCACUAGAACUUGUCAGUGAGAAGUACUGGAAGGUGAACAAACCAAUGGAACUUUAUUAUGCACCAACCAAGGAACACAAAUAAGCAUUGGUGCAAGAUCCAUGAUGCAGAAAUUAAGUCAGAAGUUUUGUUGGUUGUGACACAUUUGUCUUCCAUGCAACAACAACCAGCAUCAUGAGAUGUUCUGUUGAAUAAAAAGUGUCACAUGUUCAAAUUUACAGAUCUGUGACGUGCAAAUUCACAACUUAACAUCACAGACUUGGGAAAGAGGACAGUGUCCCAUUAAGUUCUCUUAUCUGAUCAUGAUAUUGUGGGCACCACCUGGAAUUCAGAAAGUAGAAGUUUGUAGUGUGUUGCUUCUCAGUUUCUUGGUUUAUGGAUUAUAUCCCAGGCAGUCAGUUAUAUAGAAAUAUAUAUAUAUUGUUUUGGUUGCUGUGAAUCUCUUGCAAACCUAUUGGCAAAGAUCUAAUUUCAUAUUCAAAAAAUUCUCAGACCCCUAAAGUGUCAACAGAUGUUGGAAAACAGUACAACAGCAGCCCUCCAAACUUAAGUGACUACACUUCAGAUGUGAGGCAGGGCGGAGUGGGUCAGUAGGUUGACAAUGGAAAAUAGUAAGAAUAUCACAGGCUUCCUUCCUCUAACUCCAAGGGCUAAGACUAGUUGUCAUGCCCCAAGCCAUGUUCUGAGUGGCAUUUAAACCCCCAUCCUAUGCAGUGUAUUAACAUACUAAGUUAUUUGGAGGGUAACCAAAUUAUUUAAUUUGAAGGCAAGUGAUUUUUAACAUUACAAACCUAUGGUUUAAAACAAACUUCUACAUUCCAAAAUGAAAUGCUACAGAAUGGCAAAGCAUUGCGCACACAGAAAUAUAUUUUCAGUGUCAUUUUUUUAAGUCAUUUUCUUCAUGUCAAAUGUAUGAUGGGUAUUUAUAUU